AUGCCCGCGGAGGCGGCCAGCAGCGGCGGCGGUGCGGAGCCGCUCGGCGCUCCGCGGGAACGGCGGAGACGGCGCGGCCGUGCGCGGGCGCGCACCGAAGCGCUGCUGCACACGCUGAAACGCAGCCGGCGGGUGAAGGCCAACGACCGGGAGCGGAACCGCAUGCACCACCUCAACGCCGCCCUGGACGAGCUCCGCAGCGUCCUGCCCACCUUCCCCGACGACACCAAGCUCACCAAGAUCGAGACCCUGCGCUUCGCCUACAACUACAUCUGGGCCCUCUCCGAGACCCUCCGCCUGGCCGAGCAGUGCCUCCCGCCGCCCCCCACCUUCCGCGGGACCGCCGCGCCCCCCAGCCCCGGCAGCGACGCCGGUUCCUGGCUGUCCAGCGCCUCCCCGUCCGCCCCUUCGCUCUGCGCCUCCGCCUCCGGCCCCAGCAGCCCCGCCACCUCCGAGGACUGCGCUUACGCGCCCGCCGACAGCCUGCGCGGUUUCCGCGGGCUGCCCGCCGCCGCGGCCCCGGGCGCGCCCUGCCGCUAA